AUGUCAGAAACCACGUCUCCAGUGAUAGGAGUACUCAAAAAGUACAAUUUCAAGCUCGCAGAUGCCUCGAGUGAGUAUAUCGAGAGGAGAAAGAAACAGAUGAUGCUCUUCAUGACAGCAGCAGCAGUGACUAUUUUCACCUCUCGAUUUGCCUACAAAUCAACCAUCACCAGACACUUCGUACCUUCUUUAUUCCAGGGAAAUCACCAACCACCUUUGAGCUACAAUUUCACCAUGGAUGCUGCCGUCGCUGUGGGAACAGGUACAAUGCUCUGUGGAUCCGUUUCGUCGAUGCUUGCAUUUGGCACCUGUUGGAUUUUGGACGUCUCAAACUUCAAGGAAUUUGGAUGGAGAAUGAAGGCGUUGAUGGGAGGAACCGAGAAGGAACAGAAAUUGGCAGAGAUGCCUAUGGAUGACGACACUGCGUACAUUCAAGACGGGUUGAAUGAUAUUUUGGAUGGGAAGGUCGAGUUGAACUUUGAUGAUGAAUAA